CGCUUGCCGAACCCAAACAAUAACAACGGAGAGUGAGACAGAGAGAGAGGUGUCGGCCUAAGAUACCUUAUUAAAACAAUUUACAAUAAUGAUGAAGUCUUUUUGUGCGUACAGCCUCGCUGUUCUUUGUAUUCUUUUAUUAAUAACGGGAAUUGCAAUGGUUGUGGCUCAUGUUUUCCAAAACCUCUUGUACAACAAGAUAAAGCGGGAAGUGGUGCUGGAAAAUGGUACAGAGGCGUUUAUGGUGUGGCAAAAUCCACCUCCUCCUGUCUACAUGCAGUUUUACUUCUUUAAUCUGACAAAUCCCAAGGAAGUGCUGUCAGGAGACAGACCUGUAGUAAUUGAGAUUGGCCCAUACACGUACAGAGAGUAUCGACCUAUGGAAGGAGUGAACUUCAUGGACAAUGGCACCAAAGUAGCUGCGGUUAACCCUAAGACAUAUAUUUUUGAGCCCAACAUGUCACGAGGAUCUGAAGAUGACAUAAUCAGAACUGUCAACAUCCCAGCAAUGACAGUGAUGGGGAGGUUCCAACAAUCCACAUUUAGUCGCAUAAUCUCUGAUAUUAUGAAAAGUAAGGGUGAGGGGCUUUUUGGGACUUGGAAAGUGAAAGAGCUGCUUUGGGGCUAUGAGGACCCGUUACUGAAAGAUCUUCACUCAAUCAUCCAUUCUGUGGACCCCAACUUCGGCCUGUUUUACCAGAUGAAUGGCACAGAUGAUGGCGAGUAUGUGUUUUACACCGGCAAGCAGGACUAUCAGGACUUUGCUCGAAUAGAUCUGUGGAGAGGCCAGAGUUCACUUGAUUGGUGGACAACCAAUCAGUGUAACAUGAUCAAUGGAACCAAUGGGGGAACAUUUCAUCCGAUCAUCAGCAAGACAGAGAAGCUCUACAUGUUUUCGUCAGAUCUCUGCAGGUCAAUUUAUGCCACAUUUGAGUCAGAGCUGAGCAUCAGGGGAAUUCCUGCUUAUCGUUUCGUCCCUCCCAGUGCAGUUUUCGCAAAUUCAACCAUCAAUCCAGAUAACACCGGAUUCUGUGUGGGAGGGAACUGUCUCAGUUCGGGUCUGCUAAACGUCAGUGUCUGCAAAGAAGGUGCUCCAAUCAUCAUGUCUUCCCCUCAUUUCUAUCAGGCUGAUCAGAAGUUUGUCGAUGAUAUAUUUGGGAUGCGCCCCAGGAAGGAGGAGCACGAAACGGCCAUCGACAUCCACCCACUCACUGGACUUGUUGUGCAAGCAGCAAAACGUCUUCAGGUGAACGUCUUCAUCGAGAAGAUUUCAGCCUUCAGCCAAACUGGUGAUGUAAAAACAUUGGUCUAUCCAGUGAUGUACAUAAAUGAGAGUGUCCUAAUAGAUGAGGAUUCAGCCAAAAAGCUCAGAGCCGUGGAUACCCAAGCUGACGUCGUGAUUAAUGUGCCCUUCUUCAUUAUUGGUAUCGGCAUCAUAUUAGGUGUGGUCUUCAUCGUGCUCAUAUGUUACAAAGAGCGGAGCACUCCUGAUGAACGCCAGCCUUUGCUGAGCUCCUAAUACAGCAGGAAGGUGAUGUUUUUCCUGAUGUCAAUGCGGCAUCUGCAGCUGUGAACUGAAAGUAGCUUUGCACUGAUCCAAUCCUGAAAAUCUACAGUAACGCAAGAAACUGCAGUAUUUUUCACACCUGACAUUUAAUAUUACAUUUAGUACUAAAUAACAACUAACUAAGAUAAGCAGAAAUGUGUUGUGUGAUAUAGCUCAUAAAUAUUUGCAUGCAGUGCUAUAACGUAUUUGUCGCUUCAGGUCACAUACAUUUUCUAUGAAAACAGUAUUCAUAAUGUCUUUAAACUGUAACAUUUUAACACGUUUCCAGUAUAUUGCUAGCAUUAAUUUUUUGAUUACUCAUAGUAAUGUUAAUGAUUGUGUUUAUAAAUACAAGGGAAUUUAUGAGUAUUCAAGGAAUUAUUGAUAGCAAAUUGUUUGCUCCACAUUCUCUCGAAUUGUACAUAAGCUUAAACAGCACACUGACAGUGGCAUCCUGUGUCAUCAUUUCAUCAGUUGUAGGUAAAAAUUGGUUGUUUUUGGUAUGGUUUUAAUCUAAUAGUGUACUUGAACAAAUGCUGUUGAUUUACUUAGUGGUGAACAUUAUACUACUUCAGUCAUUUAUAUAAGGAAAACAUGAAAUAUUACUGUUUUCUAAGGAAAAAACAUCCAGUGGUCAUUGUUCUAUAACUAGGUGUUCAUUCCUGUUCAUAAUUGUUGCUAAACUCGGUGCUGAUGUCAGUGUUAUUUUUGGAAAGUAUUCAUUUUUGUUUAUGUUCAUAAAAAAACUGAAUAUUAGUAAAAUACUAUCAUCAUUUCUGCUAAAAUCUUAGAUACAUUCUGGCCUAAAAAACAACUACUGUAGGCCAUACAAAUGAGCAAAUCUGACUAGUUUCUGACGUUUUCAAAAAAACAACCCUUAUUUAUUAGUGUUUUAAUAAUAAAAAUUGAGUGUAAAUGGUUAUGUAAAGCGAACAGAGCUAAAUAGUACUACUGGAUUUACCAAAAUUCUAAAUAUUUGUAUACUUGCAUGUGUUUUGAUGCACUACUCAAUCAGAAAAAAGUUACUUAUAUUAUAAAUAAAUGUUCCUUCAGCUAAGGCAUUUGUUUACGUCUUAUGGCUCUGCACAUUAUCCCAUUUACAGUGCAUUAAAAAAAAAGUUUAAUAUUGUGGAAAGAGUAUUUUUUGUAAUUGAAUUUAAAAAGUGAUAUUCUCAUAUAUUCAUUGUUUAUAAAGUGAAAUAUUUUAAGCCGUUUUUACUUUCAAUGGCUACAGCUUUUCCUGUAAAACUUAAAUAUCCAGUAUCUCAAAACAUGAUAAUAGUUCAUAAGAGGGUAAGCCACAGAAGGUUAUAGUGUAGAAGCUGGGGUCAGUGCGUCAAGAGCCCACAUGCAUUCUUAGCAUCAAUCCACUUCUAAACAGUGGACAGUUAAAAGCUUGUUCUAGAAGCUUGUGGAGAGACAGUUAGAAGCUUGUUACAGUACAUGGGCUAAGGAGAAAAAGAACUGGACCACUGUUCGGUGGUCCAAAGUCCCCUUUCAGAUGAAAGUAAAUGGCAAACAGUGCCAAAACUACCACUAACUGGUUUGCUGACCAGGAUAUUACUGUGCUUGAGUGACCAGCCAACUUGCCUGACCUGAACCACAUAAAGUAGGAAGAUGAGAAACACAAUAUUUUAAUUAUCAAAAGUAAAACAAUAAGGCUUUAAAUGUUUCGCUUGUAAUGAAUAGAUUAUAUAUGUAAAACUUUCCCAUGUUAUUCAAAUUUUUUGAGACCCACUGUACAGUAGAUGUUGCCAUUUUUUCCAUGAUACGUUUUAUUUCUGUCUUGUGGCUUGGACUAUUUAUCAUUUAUAUUUCUUCAUUAAUGCCAAGAAUAUAAAAUGACUGUUUUUUGCUUAAUGUGAUUGAUGAUGGUCUUAGUUCGUGAUCAACUGGCCUAGCACAAGAAUGUGUUUUUGAUAAAAACUCAAAGCACUUCUGUUCUGUAAAUGGCUGUGGAUAAUGCCACCUGCUUAAUGUCAUAAAAAAUAUUCUUAAAAAUAAUAAUUCCUACAUUUAAAAUUAAAAGUUUAUUCUAGAUAUAAAUCUAUAUUAAUACAUGCAAAUUAUUGAUUUGAAGUUAAUUAAACUAAGAUUUGCAUUAAUUCAUCUUGUGCAUAAAUUUAGGUAAACUCGGCUAAUUUUUUUUCAAAAACAAUUUUCUUAAAAGCAAAACUGAUUGUUACAACACUUAUGCUAACAGUUUGGACAAAAAAAAAACAAUGUGUAACUUUGUCCUCUGUCUGCUACUUUUUUUUUUUACAUUUAUAGUUUUUGACCACUGUGUCCCAAACCCAUUGUGUAUAAAUCUGUUUUUCACCAACACUAAAUGUACAAAUUUGCUAAUCUGUUUCUUGCAAUUACAAAUUGUUAAAAAAAUGGUUAAAAAAAUAAAUAAAACUGUUCUAUUAUCCGUU